CAGAGUCGAGUCAGUUGAUCCUCGGCAGCGCCAGAGUCGGUCGCGACGCGAGCGACACGCGACUUCGCACGAUCACCAGUUUUCCACAGAGAAAACUCGGCGAAAUAAAAACUUGUUUAAUAGUUUGUCCAGUGAGUGAAAAUUUAACGGAUACUUAAACUAGCUGCGCCUGCGUCGUUGAUCCAUAGCACACCAGAGAUUUCUACACUACAGGAACACGGUACCAACUGAACUGACCUGACAAAGAUAACAAAGAAACCGAUUGUGGUACUGUCCUGAUCCCAACAAGUGCACAUUGCAGCCGUCUUAGUGCAGGAGCCAGGAAGGCGGUACAGACUAGACUGUACUGAAAAAGACUAUAAAGAAACAGAUUGUGGUAGUGUCCUGGUCCAAACAAGUGCACAGUGUACUGGAGCCAUCACACAGGAUCUGUGACAGCCGUCACAUACAGGGUAAUGCGUGGAGCGCGCGGCCCCGGCUGCGGCGCGGCGCUACCAUGAACCGGGAGACGGUGACCACCAAGCUCCAGGCCGGCAUGGACCGCUGGCAGAACACCUUCGAAGACAUGAUGCAUCUGCGCUCUUCCAACACGCACACGUUUAAGGAUAACUAUUGGGCGCAGACAGGUUUCGAUGAGCUCCGUCGCUACGUGAAACAAGGCAGUGACUUCAGCAAGGAAUUGGCUACCAUACUUCAGGAAAGGGUGGAGGCAGAGCUGUACUACUCGAAAUGCCUGUCGAAGCUUGGUGCCAAGCUGGGCAAGGCAUGUCGGGAGAGCGUGGGCUCCUGCGUCGAGGCUUGGAAGCACGUCUCCAUAGAGAUGGAGAAGAGGGCCGAGAUACAUCGAAACUACUCAAAUGCCGUCCACGAAGAAUUAGUGAAACCAAUGAAAAAUGUUAUCGACAACCAACAAAAGCUUAGGAAAAAGAUCGAGGGUAACGUGGACAAGACGACCCGGACACUGACCGAGUGGAGGACGGUGGAAGCCAAGAACAAGAAGCUAUCGCACACAGCGGCCAGGGAAAACGAGAAACUACAGGACCUAGGCCUCGAUGGAAGCAAGGCGAUGUUGCGCAGCUCGAGCGUGGGACACAUACCACACGCGCACGCGCACGCCACGCUCGCGUCGGCGCGCACCGAGCGGCUCGCCUGCGCCGUGCUAGACAAGGACGUCGCCAAGCUAAAGGUGAAGAAGAGGAAGACAGAGGACGCCGUCAAGAAGACUGAAAUCGAGUACUACAACGUUUGCGUUCACGCUGAAAGAGCUAGGUUGGAAUGGGAGACGAGCGUGGUGAAGGGCGCCGGCAUGUUGGAGACGCUGGAGGAGGAGCGGCUGGAGCAGCUGAAGGCAGCCGCCGACUGCUACCUGCAUCUCACCACCGCUGUGCCGCCGCUACUCAACGAUACAACAAUAGCGUUGGCAUCGCCAAUCAGCAACGCGAACGCGACGGCAGACAUGCGAGCCGUGCGCGGCGUGCGCGCGCAGCCGGCCGGCGCCAGCGAGCAGCUGCUGCCAGACUUCUACUGCGAACACACCACGCUGGCCAUGAACAAGGAACGCAGGAAAGUGGCUCUCAUGAAGAUUCAGCAGUUAAUAAAGAAAGACAUCGAUAGAGAACGAAAAACUAAACAAGGACUAGAAAAACUCUCAAUGGCCAUACAACAAACACCCACCUUUGGCAACGAUGACUCACAACAAAAUGUUGCAGACAAACUGUACCAUAUACGAUCAAUGUUAACAUAUCUAGAAGCCAUAAGGUGCAAAAUAACCACCACCCUGAAUGAACUAGACAACAGACCACCGGUGAAGCACCCUCUUAGCUCACAUAUACAGAUUAUUCGGGAUAAACAAGGACUACAACACAGCAUACUAAAGGUCCCACCAUGGCUACAAACAGACUAUCAGAACGAGGUGAACAAAAACCUGCAGCCCAACUACGCUGCGCUUAGUAAGAGCGUCUCUGGCAACGAAGAAAAGGACCGACGUGACUCGGUCUUCUCUCGGGCCUCUAGCAAACUUCGUAUCGACCAUCUGUCCUUCAGAAGGAACUCUGACACGAAGAGUGCUAGUGCGCCGACCACCCCACUCUCUGUGACGUCACCGGUCCCUCCGCCGCCACUGAAUGGAUCCACCAUCGACCCCCAAGGCCUAGACGUGCCGCCGCCCGAGAGCCCUCUCGAUUGGAGCGAGCGAGGCGCCGGCGACGGACUGUCCAACCAACAGGAUAGCGAUUUUGAUGAGUUCUCUUCCCAGAGCGAUAGUUCAUCAGAUUUGCCCGAACUCAAAUCUGCGGAUAGUGCGGACGGCGCCGUAGUCAUCAAGUCCAUUGGGAAGUGCCGCGCCUUGUACGCGUACACGCCUCGCCUGAACGACGAACUCAACUUGUCACCAGGUGACAUAAUCGACAUACACGAGAAGCAAGACGAUGGUUGGUGGAGCGGAGACCUAAACGGCUCAGUGGGAAUAUUUCCAGCUACGUAUGUCGAGGAGAUAACCACCUGUAUAUAAAGGCUACGUAAAAUAUUCAGCUGCAUUGCUCAAACUGUUUUAGGACGAGGUACUCUGUAUUGACGAAUAAUUAACUAACUACAUAGUUUCCCUUUUUGAGGUGAUGAGAGGAAGAAACAGACCUUUGUUGGCAAAAUGUUAUGUUUAUGCCCUAAGCACUCUGUAUUUUAUUUUGUUAGAAAGUAUCUGAUUUGCUUUAUACAACAGCCACAGUUAGCGAAAUAGUACAAAGAGUUGUCCUAGACCAGGCAUCAUGAAAAUAGGUUAGCAUGGGUCAGUUCAGUCGUAAUUUCUUUCACGCAAUCAAGUCAAUAUAUUAUAUUUUUUUCUAAAAACCAUCUUGUGUGUGAAAUAAAUAGAUGCUCGCUGUAUAUUUUGGGAAUGUUAAAAGAGAGUUUCCUCAGCCACCUUUUGUAAAAUAAAAAAAUAAAUUAAAUUAUAUGCAUUGUACUUACAUUAUUAUUUACUUGGUGAGAAAUACUCAGUAAGCUGAGCUUAUUGUAGUGUUUUCUAACCUUACGUCACGUAAAAAAAUUAUUUUAGUUAUCCACAACCACAACUAAUCAUGUUAUUGUACAGUUUAAGUCGUUGAAUACUUCCAGUGUUGGUGUAUAUUAUAAAAUUAAAUUAUACUUAUGUAGUAAUAUUUGUUGACUGUAUACUUACUAUGUCAUAAGUUGUAAAUUAAUAUCUAUAUACUUUAAUGUAACAAUAAACCAAAGUAUUGUUUAUGAAUAUAAAUAAAUUAUAUUUAUGAGUACUUA